AUGGCUCAGGUGGAAGGAGUCCAUUUUGCCCAGCCGCCUGGUCUCAUGAAGCUGUUCAGCAUCCCCGUGCAAAUUACACUCCAGGGCGGCUGGAGACGCCAGGGGAGGACAGCCUUUUCUACCUCAGGGAGGAAGAGAAACAUAGACCACAAUGACGGAGACCUGCCAGAUGUGCACAGGAAGCUGCCAUCCAGUGCUGCAGAGGACCGAGCCAUACUGCUAUGGUUUGCAAUGAUAGGCUUCUCUGUCCUAAUGUUCUUCUUGCUUGGAAUAACCAUCCUAAAGCCCUUCAUGCUCAGCACCCAGAGAGAAGAAUCUAACUGCACUAUCAUCCACACGCACAUCUUGGACGACUGGAUGGAUUUCACCUGUGGUGUGGACUGCCGAUGUCAGGGCAAGUACCCGUGUCUGCAGGUGUUUGUGAACCUCACCCCUUCAGGUCAGAAAGUGCUCCUACAUUAUAAUGAAGAGGCUGUCCAGAUAAAUUCCAAGCGUGACGUUACAGACUGCAAAGUUAAAGUAAAGCAGACAUUGACAGUUUCUGAUGAGCAUAAACAGUAA